AUGGCAGCUAAGUUCAUCGCCGUCCUCUCCCUGGCCGUAGCCGCCUCCGCCAUACCAUUGGUUCCCGUCGCAAAAUACGCGUACGCCGAAGCUGAAGCACCAGCUCAUUACGAGUUCCAAUACUCCGUCCACGAUGAGCACACCGGUGACAUCAAGCAGCAACAAGAAGCCCGCGCCGGCGACGACGUCCACGGCUCCUACUCUCUAGUGCAGCCCGAUGGCGUGCACCGUAUUGUUGAGUACACUUCAGACAAGGAACAUGGAUUCAACGCUAUCGUACGUUACGAGGGACACCCCAUCCCACAGCCCGCUCCUGCUAAGGUCGCGUACGCAGCUCCGGCUAAAAUCGCAUACGCCACCCCUGCCAAGAUCACAUACGCUGCGCCCGCCAAAAUCGCGUACUCCGCUCCCAUCUCCUACGCCGCUCCCGUAGCCAAGGUUGCGUACGCCCCCGUUGCCAAGUUCGUUGCCGUCCUUGCUUUGGCCGUCGCCGCCUCAGCCCUGCCCGUAGUCCCCGUUGGCAAAAUCGCUUACGCGGAAGCGCCCGCUCAGUACGACUUCCAGUACUCCGUCCACGAUGGUCAAAGCGGAGACGUGAAACAGCAGCAGGAGAACCGCGCCGGAGACGCCGUGCACGGCUCCUACUCUCUGGUGCAGCCCGACGGUGUGCACCGCAUCGUAGAGUACACCGCUGACAAGGAGCACGGAUUCAUCGCCAAUGUCCGCUACGAGGGACACCCCGUCCAAGCGCCAGCACCCGCCAAGAUCGCGUACGCCGCUCCCGUCGCCAAGGUGACUUACGCCGCCCCCGUCGCCUACGCCGCUCCCGUCGCCAAGGUGGCCUACUCCGCACCUCUCACCCACGUGUCUUACUCUUCCCCCUCCAUCUCCUACCAGCACUAGAGUCACUAGUCGUUAUCCGUUGUCGUUGCUUAAGUUAUUUAUGUGAUAUAUGUAAAUAGUU